GGGCGUGGCUAUUACUGCGUCGCUCCUCCGGUUCUCGCUAUAAAUUCACGCGCAUCCAGCCAUGGGAGGAGCUUCCAUUCCCUUCUGCUUAGCUACGUAGCCCCACUCACUCACUCACCGGCCCCAGCUUCGCUUCUUCUUCUCUAGCUCAUUCUGUCUCCCCUGUCUGUGCCGUGCUGAACCAGAUGGAGAAGGCGAGGAGGCGUCGCGUGCCGGCGUUCGGGGAGUGGAACUACAACUACCACCACCAUGAGCCGGAGGCGACAGCGGCGGCCGCGUGGUACGCCACGCCGGAGCCGGAGGCCUGCAGCGACGUGUGGUUCAGGUACUCGCCUCCUCCACGCAAUCCCACGCCCAAGAAGACGCAUGCGAGUCGGCGGCGGCGGCCGGAUGGCGACGUGUCCCGGGAGCGCGCUAGGGCGUCGUCGGACGCUGCCGCGGCCAAGAGCGGCGGCAGCAGGUACCAGGUGUGGCAUGUCGACGAGGACCUGUACAAGGCGCCAUCGCCGGAGCCCGCCUCCCACCGGCGGCCAAGGAAGAAGUGGAGCAUGUGGAUGGGAUGCCUGGGGCUCAACUCAUGCGUCGCCUCCUGAACCCCGAGACAUGUGCCGGUCGCGCCGAUGGGAUGCUGUGUCCUGCGUUCGUGUUCAUCUCCAGUGUUUACUUGCCCUUAUUCUUGGAUAUACUGCUAUACUUCUGUCAAGUUCUCUCUCCGAGUGUUUUGUGCGUAUGCCUUGGCUUGUGUCAAAAUGGUUAGCAGUAAAACCAGCUGACUGCUAGUAACAUUUCGAGUUUCUACUCUCUUGUGUAAUGCUGGUAAAGAUAUCUAGGCAUUUUAGUAAAAUUUCAAAUUUCUAGUACCUUAUUUUUGUGUAAUGUGGGUAAGAUAACAUAUUGAGUGCAACAUC